GGGAUGUCUUCUGUCUCCACACAGUGCGCCCGUCACUUGGAGGAGGUGAGCAGCGUGCUGUCCUUCCAGAGCAAGGAUGGAGGAGCAACAGAAGAAGGAAGGGAGGAUCACCUUGGUGCUUGCCCUGGCCACACUGAUAGCUGCCUUCGGCUCCUCCUUCCAGUAUGGAUACAAUGUGGCUGCCGUCAACUCACCCUCAGAGCUCAUGAAGCAGUUUUACAACAACACCUACUAUGACAGAACCGGGAAGCUCAUUGAGAGCUUCCACUUGAUGCUGCUGUGGUCAGUCACAGUGUCCAUGUUUCCCUUUGGAGGCUUCAUUGGCUCCCUCCUAGUUGGCCCCAUGGUGAAUAACCUUGGCAGAAAAGGGGCCUUGCUGUUCAACAACAUAUUUUCUAUUGUGCCUGCCAUCUUCAUGGGAUGCAGUGAAAUUGCCGCAUCAUUUGAGCUUAUCAUUGUUUCCAGACUUUUGGUGGGAAUAUGUGCAGGUGUGUCUUCCAAUGUAGUUCCAAUGUACUUAGGGGAGUUGGCCCCUAAGAAUCUGCGGGGUGCUCUAGGAGUGAUACCCCAACUCUUCAUCACAAUUGGCAUCCUUGUGGCUCAGCUGUUUGGCCUUCGGAAUCUCCUGGCGAAUGAAGAAGGCUGGCCGAUCCUUCUGGGGCUGACUGGAGUCCCCGCAGCCCUGCAGCUGCUGGUCCUGCCCUUCUUCCCUGAGAGCCCCCGGUACCUGCUGAUCCAGAAGAAAGACCAAGUGGCUGCCAGGAAAGCCCUGCAGACGCUGCGAGGCUGGGAUGAGGUGGACACUGAAAUGGAAGAGAUCCGGAAGGAGGAUGAGGAGGAGAAGGCCGCGGGCUCCAUCUCGGUGUGGAGAUUGCUGCAGAUGAAGUCGCUGCGCUGGCAGCUCAUCUCCAUCAUCGUGCUCAUGGGUGGCCAGCAGCUGUCGGGCGUGAACGCGAUCUACUACUAUGCUGAUGAGAUCUACCUCAGUGCCGGGGUGAAGAGCAGCGAUGUCCAGUAUGUGACGGCUGGAACAGGGGCGGUCAAUGUGUUCAUGACUGUCUUUACAGUGUUCGUGGUGGAGCUCUGGGGACGGCGACUUCUGCUCCUCCUGGGCUUCUCCACAUGCAUGGUGUCCUGUGGUGUGCUGACCGCUGCACUGGCGCUACAGGACGCCAUCUCCUGGAUGCCGUACGUCAGCAUUGCCUGCGUCAUCAUCUAUGUCAUAGGACAUGCUGUGGGGCCCAGCCCAAUCCCAGCACUGUUCAUCACAGAGGUCUUCCUGCAGUCCUCCCGGCCAGCCGCCUACAUGAUCGGAGGCAGCGUACACUGGCUCUCCAACUUCACUGUGGGCCUCGUCUUCCCAUUCAUCCAAGUGGGCCUUGGGCCCUACAGCUUCAUCGUUUUCGGGACCGUAUGUCUUCUCACCACCAUCUACAUCUUUCUGGUUGUCCCUGAGACCAAGGCCAAGACAUUCAUUGAGAUCAACCAUAUUUUUGCCAAGAAGAACAAGGUGUCAGAAAUGGAGAUAUACCCUGAGAAGGAAGAGUUCAAGACCUCCCAGUCUCCACUUUGCAUCGCCUUCAGCGCUCUUCCCAUGUACCUCGGAGAACUGGCCCCCAAGGACUUGAGGGGCAUGCUUGGGACAAUGACCGAGAUAUUUGUCAUCACUGGAAUCUCCCUGGCACAGAUCUUCAGCCUUCAGGCCAUCCUAGGCAACAGCACAGGCUGGCCGGUGCUCUUGGCUCUCACUGGGGUCCCGGCGGUGCUUCAGCUCCUCUCGCUGCCCUUCUUCCCGGAAAGCCCCCGCUACACCCUGAUUCAGAAAGGAGACGAGGAGACCGCGCGGCGAGCCCUGCGGAGGCUCCGAGGCCACGAGCGCGUGGAGGCCGAGAUAGAGGACAUGCGCGCGGAGGAGAGCGUGGAGCGCGCCGCCGGCCGCCUGUCCGGCCUCAAGCUGCUCACGUCGCGGCCGCUGCGCUGGCAGCUGCUGACCGUCGUCGUGCUCAUGGCCGGCCAGCAGCUGUCCGGGAUCAGCGCGGUCAACUACUAUGCAGACACCAUCUACACAUCAGCUGGUGUGGAGCCCGCUCACUCCCAGUAUGUAACAGUGGGUGCUGGUGUGUUGAACAUUGCGAUGACCAUCAUCUCAGCUGUCACCAUUGAGCGUCUGGGGCGUCGCUUCCUCCUGCUGGCCGGCUAUGGCAUCUGCGGCUCCGCCUGUCUGGUACUCACAGUGGCACUUCUUCUCCAGAACAAGGUUCCUGAGCUGUCUUACCUGGCCGUCAUCUGUGUCUUUGUCUACAUCGCAGGACAUUCCAUUGGACCGAGUCCUGUCCCCUCGAUAGUGAGGACCGAAAUCUUCCUGCAGUCCUCCCGGCCAGCCGCAUUCAUGGUGGACGGGGCUGUGCACUGGCUCACCAACUUCAUCGUGGGCUUGGUGUUUCCCUCCAUCCAGGCGGCGGCCGGUGCCUACAGCUUCGUCAUCUUCGCUGCGCUCUGUGCCCUCACUGCCAUCUACAUCUACCUGGUCAUUCCGGAGACUAAGGGCAAGACGUUUGUGGAGAUCAACCGAGCUUUUGCCAAGAGAAAUGGAGUGGAGCUCCCAGAAGAGAGAGAAGUAUCAGAGGCUCACGUUCCCUCGGUGCCUGCCAAGGAGACAUCCUUUUAA